AUGCCCGCCCUCACAUCUGCUAAACCAAAGCCUGAUGAUUCGGAAGUUCUUUCCGCAAUUCCACUCCAUCUCUCACCGCGCCUUAACUCCCGGGCCCACUUACCAAGACGUCCGACAAAUCGACCCUCGCCUCUAGGGAGAGUCAGUAGUGUACCGUCUAAAGAGCGUGAAUUGCCCAUCCUCCCUACCUCAAAUAGACGUAGAUACUCAUCACCCAGCAAAGUCGUCUGGAAAAACAAAGAGAAAAUACUACAAAAUAGCGAGUCAGAAACGUCCACGAGCACAGAUGGUGAUGUUCAGAGCGUGGAAGUGAAGAGCCCCGAGUCUACUUCUCCGGUACUUUGUUCUCAAUCUCCAUUGUGGUCAAAGCCUAGUAAUGCGCCCUCCCCCAAACGCAGUAAAUCGAAAAGCGUUUUUUCCAAGAAACUCAAUAUCUCAGACAGUAGCUUAAUCACAGAAGAGGAUGGACCACCAGAGAUAGAUUUGGACCAACUAGAGGAGGAAUAUGGCAUCUGGAAGGCUGACAUGACGGAGUUCAUAUCGAACCUUCAGACCUCUUGGGAUUCCGCCACGCAGGAAAUUUGCUCGGAUAUUUCGUCAAGAUUUCAAAUGGACGCUGAACAGCUUGCAUCGGACUUCCAGAAAAAAUUGGGCUUCGUCAAGUGA